AUGCUCCACGACGAGAACAACGAGCACUUCCCCGAGGUGCUCCGCGAGCGCCGCCGCUUCUACCGCGAGACGAGCAAGGAGCAGGACUUCUGGAUCGUGCCCAACCCCGCGUUCCUCGACGCCAUGCCGGACGUGAAGAAGAAGGUGCGUCAGCCGUGCGUCGCGGUCGUCACCACCGACAAGGUGUGGAAUGACUUUGUCAAGCUCCGCCUCGACCGCGUGUACAAGGGGGCCGUGGAGGGCACCGGCGUCGAGUGCCUCAAGUCCAACGAGCUCAUCGCCAAGGAUGCGUUCAAGGCGCCCGACCCGAGCAAGUGGACCGCGCCCUACCUCAAGUACGCCCCGGGUUGGUGGGAGGCGUUCUACCCCGGCAACGAGGACGCGUGA